CGAGUUUUCAAACGUUUACUAUAUAUUGAAUCUUCCCAUCAAAAUUUUUUAUAAGUCAGCGGACGAUCGCCUGCAUUUCCCCACCUCAAUCUUCGAUUAAUAAUCGAGUUUGCACGACGAGUGGCGAAAAUCACCUGUAAAACAAGCUGCACCGGCCAGAUCUCAUUAUCUUUUCGCCGACGCUUGAGUUAGUAAGCAGCAAUCCUUAGCAGUACCAGCCGCCUCCGAUUAAACAAAACCCGUUCUCCGAGUACAGCUAAAAUCCGACGACGUAGCGAAGUUUUGCUACUUCUGGCAACACUGAACGAUAUCCUACUUAUUCGGACCUUCUACAAAUUUCCUCCAGAGGGCGUAUCACUUAGCUUGAAUCGCGAAUAGUGGAGUGGGUCUACUUCAAAGUAUAAAUAUUAGUCUACCCUGAAAAGCUUACAAACAAGGCAGCACAACGUACAGUGUAACUGUAUUAAUUGGUGAUAAAAUCCUAAACUUGUUAUUAAAAUAUAUCUACAUUUUCAAGUUAUUUUUUUAAAAAUGUGCGUCGGUAGAAUUGUUAGUGACUUUGAAAGGACUAACUCAAAAAAUGAUUUGAAAGAAAAAACCGGAAUUAGGCGGCGGGAUGAACUUCUUGAUAGCCGGAAAAUGGGUGAAGAAUCUGUAGGCGAAUUUGAAACUGACAUCCUGGGUCUAUCCACCAAAUAUGUUUACUCAGUUUUUGAUAAAAUCAAAAAUUUGCAACAGAAGUUCUUUCAAUCCAUUUUUUAUAAAAUUCUGAGAUAUACUACACAGCCAGCUCACUUCGUAACAGCUAUAUCUGUGCUUUUUAUCGCAUUUUUAAUGGUCCCAGGAAACAAACAGUACAAAGUGUCCCCGAUUUGGAGUCUAAUCUAUUUAGGAUCGUUCAGCGCUCAUUUUGGAACUCAAAUUUGGAUGACAUUCGUAUCUGGAUUGGCUUUGUUCUUCUCUUUAUCUAGACAUACUUUCGGUAGCGUCCAGCAAGUAUUGUUUCCAAAAUACUUCCUUUUGAAUGCUACCCUUAGUUUCAUAACAUUAUUUGUUUUUAUGAAGAUGAAUAACAGCGUAUUGAUGGAUUCAAUCGACAAUAUAGUACAGGCUGUCUCAAUAGGAUUGUGUUUCAUGUUAGAACUCGUAGUCCUUUUAUAUUUCACGCCCCCCCUUUUAUACCUUAUUAAUAUUAAACAGAAGAUUGAAAAGGAAGCCGGAGUUGGACUGGAAGUUGGAAAAUAUAAUCUUGGACCAUUAAAAGACUGCCCAUACUAUUUAAAAAUCCACAGAGGGUUUAGAAGAAUUCACAUGACCAUUGCAAUUUUAAAUUUAUUAACAAUGGCUUGCACAACGUUGCAUUUAUAUUAUUUAUCACAUAAAUUGUGCGAUAUUUAAAACAAUUAUGUAGUUAGUUUUUUAAAUACUCGAAUAAUAGGUUAUUUAUUUAUUUUAUUGUACAGUUUCAGUAUUAUUAAAUUUUUGUAUUUAAAAAUUAUUAUUUUAUGUGUAUCAUUGUAAGUAAAGUUGUUCAAAAAGCGAGAA